AUGGCAAAUAGGGUUAGUAAAUUGCCUAUUAAAUCGAAACGAGCCAAGACAUUUACUGGUUGUUGGACUUGUAGAGCUAGAAAAGUGAAAUGUGAUCUUCGGCGACCUAAUUGUACUAGAUGUGUUAAGUCCGGACUUGAAUGUGGUGGUUAUGAUAUUAAAUUAAGAUGGUCAAAUUUAGUUCAAUUUGAUGAAUAUGGUGUACAAAUUAAUAGUAAUUCAAGAGCAGAUAGUAAUAAUUCAGAUAAUAGUAAUAGUCCCAUGAGCUCAGAUAAACCAAGAAGAUUUCAAAGAAGAAAUAUAGAUUUUGUUAGAUAUGAUAAAGAAUAUGUAUUUCACGAAGAUAUGGAUGAUGAAUUAACUUUAUUACAUGCUCCACCACCUGAAAAAAUUGAAAAUGGUAAGACUUGGAUUAUUGAAAAAUUUGGUGUAUUUUUAGGCAGUGAUAAUAAUAAUAAUAGCAAUACUGAUCAUAAUGAUAAUUUAUCAACAAGACAAAAAAAUAUUUCAAAUUCAAAACGUUCAACAUUAUCAAAAUCUUCCACAAAUGAACAAGAAAUUAUUUCAGAACCAAUAAAUCUUCCAUUUAGAAAUAACGAAACCGAAGAAUCUAUUUGUCCCGAAAUUUAUGAAGCUUCAAAUAAUGAAAAUAUUAAAAAUUCUUCACAACAACAAGAAUCCACAGCAGAAAACAAUAACGAUAAUUCUCAAGAUAAUUUAAAUUUAACAAAUCCUCAGUCAAUGGGUUAUAAUACAGAUUUAACUAGUUUCCCUGGGUUUGAAUGGAUAUCUAAAGAACUACGUGAAGAAGUAUUAUUAUCUGCUUUUGCAUCUCAAGGAACUCCAUUUGAUAGAACAUAUUUAACGUCUUCUUCAGAGAAAACCCAAAAAGAUAUAGAAGGAGACACCGAGAAUAUAUCAAGUGCACAGACGACCUUGGAUAAAAAUAGUUCUAUUAUCGAUUCUUCUCAGCAGGAACAACUUGGUAAUGCAGUUCAAAGUGCUUUACAUUCUUUAUUUCAAAAACCUGAAGAAAUUGAAGUGAAAAAACAUCAACAAUUAAUCAAUAAAAUAGAUUCUCAACAAGAUCUCUCUAUCGAAAUCAAUGUACCAAAUUCUGAUAAUAACGAUAUGCUUAAGACAGCUAUUGAAAUAGUAGACUCAAAGAUAAAAGAUAAAAACAACUUAGUAACUUCUUUAAGAAAAGCAAAUUUGCCAUUUAAUAUCCCUACUACAGGGCUAUUGGUUCAUGGUCUUACAAGAUUUCUUCUAGCUUAUUAUUAUGAUAAAGUUGCAGAUUUGAUGACCGUGGUAUCAUUACCAGAUAGAAAUCCUUGGAAGAAAUUAUAUUUCCCAAGGGCAAUAUCAGCUCUUGGAGAUAUAGCGGGAUUAGGUCAUACUUCAAAUUCAAGAAAUUGUUUAUUAAAUGCUCUAUUAGCUGUUGCAUGCUUCAAUUUAAAGAGUAAACUGCCAAAAAAUUCUAAAGAACAAACUUUGUUUCUAAAUCUGGGUAUAGAAUUCAGAACUCAGGCUACUGGUUUCCUUAAACAAUGUUUAUCUUCAACCGUCAAAGAAGAAAGAUAUAAAGACGUAUUGACAGCAAUCCUUUCGUUGAAUUCUAUUGAUGUGGUAUGGGGUACGAUGUCUGAUUGUCAACAACAUUUAGAUCUCGGGGAAAAAUUUAUUGAAUAUAGAAUGGAACGUAGACCAAAAUUAUCUGAAAAGGCCAAAACUUUGCAUAGAAUAUUUUCUUUCUUAAAAUUGAUCCAAGAUAGUACAGCACUAGAUAAGGUAAUAUCUGAUGAGAUUGUUUUUUCUGUAACUAGUCCACAUAACCAGGAUACAGGAAAUAUCAAUGGUAAUGCAACAAAUCAAACUGAAAUACAGCAACCUCCAGAUGGACAAUUCAAGGAAUCACUUAAUAAGAAAGAUGGAAAGAUUAGAAUCGAAUUUGUGAAGAAUAAUGUUUUAGAACAUUCUUCAGAUGAUUCUGCUGGUAUAUCGCCCCCAAUUUUCGAAAACCUUACAAGUAAUAGUUUCUCUCAUACCAAAUCAUCGUUAACUACAAAGAUGGAUAUUGUUGACAUAGAGACUUUAUACGGUCUUCCAAAUUCAUUAAUCCUCUUAUUUUCAGAUUGUGUCCGGAUUGUACGGCAUACAAAAUAUUAUAAUAUGAAAUAUAUUCCCGUACCACGUCAAUUUAUUGAUGCAACCCAAAAAUUUGAGAAAAGAUUAAUGAAAUGGAAACCAGAAUGGGAAUUUUUUGAGAAUCCUUCAAACAAUGGGGAGAAAAAAUUUAUUAACGAAACUAUCGAGGCACUUUAUCACCAUACAAUGAGUUUUUAUAAUGGUCUCAUUAUAUACUAUUUCUCUAUGGCCAGGGAUUUAAGUAACAAUUUCUUGCAACAAUAUGUUGGGAAUGUACUUGACAGUUUACGGAAAAUGAAUAUCCUAAUAGAAAGUAAAAAGGUAAAAAUAGUUCCUUUAAUAUGGCAAGGUUUCAUUGCAGGAUGUGCUAGUAUGACAGAGGAUGAACAAAAUGAGUUCCGCAAAUGGGCUGCCAAAUUAGCAGAAAGCGGUAUGGGAUCAUAUUGGGGGGCUCGACAAGUCAUGUUCGAAGUUUGGCGAAGAAGGAAGGCAGGUGUACAUGGUGACGAUUGGUUUUCUGUUUAUCAAGACUGGGAAAUGAAUUUAAUGCUAUCGUGA